AUGAAGUUAAACAUUUCUUACCCAGCCAACGGCACCCAAAAAUGUGUCGACAUUGAUGACGAGCACAAGUUGCGUGUCUUCUACGAGAAGAGAAUGGGCCAAGAAGUCGAAGGUGACUCUGUUGGUGACGAAUUCAAGGGUUACAUUUUCAAGAUUACCGGUGGUAACGACAAGCAAGGUUUCCCUAUGAAGCAAGGUGUUAUGCACCCAACCAGAGUUAGAUUGUUGUUGUCUAAGGGUCACUCUUGUUACAGACCAAGAAGAAAUGGUGAAAGAAAGAGAAAGUCUGUUAGAGGUUGUAUUGUUGCCCAAGACUUGUCUGUCUUGUCUUUGGCUAUUGUCAAGCAAGGUGACGCUGACAUUGCUGGUUUGACCGAUACCACUGUUCCUAAGAGAUUAGGUCCAAAGAGAGCUAACAACAUUAGAAAGUUCUACGGUUUGACCAAGGAAGAUGACGUCAGAGAUUACGUUGUCAGAAGAGAAGUUACCAAGGGUGACAAGACCUACACCAAGGCUCCUAAGAUCCAAAGAUUGGUUACUCCUCAAACCUUGCAAAGAAAGAAGGCUUUGAGAGCUCAAAAGAUUAAGAAUGCUCAAGAACAAAGAGAUGCCGCUGCCGAAUACUCUCUCUUGUUGGCCAAGAGAUUGCACGAAAGAAAGGCUGAAAAGAUUGAAAUCAGAAAGAGAAGAGCUUCUUCUUUGAAGGCUUAA